AUGGCCACCUCAAAGGGCCUUCCGCGCGAUACGUUCGCCAAGCUCUCCCCUCAUCCGUUCCUUCUCGCAAACCUACAACCUCCCGCGCCCGCCAACGCCGCCAGAAGCAACGGCCGCGCGCCCGAGGAAGCCCGCAUUCCCAACAUUAACACCUCUAGCUUGACCCAUGCCAACGGGAGCGCUGUGGUUCGUACGGGCGAUACUACCGUGAUCUGUGGUGUCCGUGCCGAGACCAUUCUCGCCUCCGACAUCCCCAACUUCCGCACCGCCGCGAACCUCGAUGAGACCAAGCCUAGCUCGGAGCUGAAAGACUACGAUCUACUCGUUCCCAAUAUUGAGCUCGCCACUGGCUGCGCGCCGCAGUUCCUUCCCGGCGUACCCCCCACAACCCUCGCACAGACUUUGAGCACGAGAGUGUACUCGCUGCUACACUCCUCCAAGCUCGUCGACCCCGACGAUUUGAGAAUAUGGUACACUCGCCCUGCCGAGACCGCUGAGGCGGAGGACGAUGACGACAAGAUGGACAACGACGAGGACAAGGCGGAGGGCGAGAAAGUGGUGAUGGCAUACUGGGUACUCUACAUCGACAUUUUCUUCAUUUCCUUCGACGGCAACCCGUUCGAUGUCGCCUGGGCUGCCAUCCUGGCCGCUCUACGCGAUACCACCAUCCCCAUCGCCCGCUGGGAUCCUGACCGCGAGAUGGUCAUCUGCUCCCGUAACGACCCUAAGCCCCUGACGCUACACGGUUUUCCUGUCGCCUGCACAGCCGGCGUCUUCACAGGAAAGGAGACGGCGGAUCGUCCCGCUGGUGGCAGGUUUUGGACCCUGGUCGACCCUGAUAGAUUGGAGGAGAGUCUUUGCGACGAGGAGAUUACGGCAGUGGUGGACAAGAGCGAGGGAGAGACUAAGGUGUUGUCGAUAUCAAAGCACGGAGGUACGGUGCUACAGCCGCAGCUCAUACGGGAGUUUGUGGGCGUUGCGGAGCGAAGAUGGGAGCAGGUUUGGAAGGCCAUGGCAUGA